UUCCUCCCCGCGGCCCCGCCCUGGCCCGGCCCAGCCGCGCGUCCCUCCCGCUGCCGAGCCCGGGCGCCCAGGCGAGAAGCCGACAGACUGGCGGACGGACGCGCGGACAAGGGGACCCACGGGCGGCGCGAUCGCGGGGCCUCGAGGAGCAGGUGUGGGUCCGGCACGAGGUCCUGGACUCCAGCCACAAGGCUGCCUUUCCGUUAGCAGCCGCCACCAACGGCGCCAUGAGCCAGCUGGGGUCUGUGAGCGGCCGCCCGGAUGCUGCCAAUGGCAGCCUGGGCCGGUCUGACGGUGUGGCCAAGAUGAGUGCCAAGGACCUGUUUGAACAGAGGAAGAAGUACUCCAACUCCAACAUCAUCAUGCAUGAGACUUCCCAGUACCACGUCCAGCACCUGGCCACGUUCAUCAUGGACAAGAGUGAGGCGAUCAUGUCAGUGGACGACGCCAUCCGGAAACUGGUGCAGCUGAGCUCCAAGGAGAAGGUGUGGGCACAGGAGAUGCUGCUGCAGGUCAAUGACCAGUGUCUGCGGCUGCUGGACGUGGAGACCCAGGAGGAGCUGGAGAACUUCCCGCUGCCCACCGUGCGGCACAGCCAGACGGUGCCCGACCAGCCGCGGUGCCCCUCGGUGCUGCUGCUUGUGUGCCAGGACUCGGAGCAGAGCAAACCCGACAUCCACUUCUUCCACUGCGACGAGGUGGAGGCGGAGCUGGUGCACGAGGACAUCGAGAGCGCGCUGGCCGACUGCCGUCUAGGGAGGAAGCUGCGGCCGCAGACCCUGAAGGGCCACCAGGAGAAGAUCCAGCAGCGGCAGUCCAUCCUGCCCGCCCCCAGGGGCCCAGCCCCCAUCCCCUUCCAGCGCUACAGCGGUGACUCCCCGGCCACGAAGAACCGAGUGGGCCCGCCGAUGCCCCUCCCUGAGCCAGGCUUCCGCCGUCGGGAGUCGCAGGAUGAGGAGCCCCGCGCGGUGCUGGCUCAGAAGAUAGAGAAGGAAACGCAAAUCCUCAACUGUGCCCUGGACGACAUUGAGUGGUUCGUGGCUCGGCUGCAGAAGGCGGCAGAGGCUUUCAAACAGCUGAACCAGCGGAAGAAGGGGAAGAAGAAAGGGAAGAAGGGGCCAGCAGAGGGUGUCCUGACGCUGCGUGCACGGCCCCCCUCUGAGGCCCAGUUCAUCGACUGUUUUCAGAAAAUCAAGCUGGCUGUCAACCUGCUGGCCAAGCUGCAGAAGCACAUCCAGAGCCCCAGCGCGGCUGAGCUCGUGCACUUCCUCUUCGGACCUCUGGACCUGAUCAUCGGCACCUGUGGGGGCCCAGACAUCGCACGCUCCGUCUCCAGCCCCAUGCUUUCCCGCGAGGCCGUGGGCUUCCUGCAAGGCCACCUAGUCCCCAAGGAGAUGACGCUAUGGGAGUCACUGGGGGAGACAUGGACGCGUCCCCGAUCAGAGUGGCCACGGGAGCCGCAGGUGCCAGUCUACGUGCCCAAGUUCCACAGCGGCUGGGAGCCACCCCUGGACGUGUUCCAGGAGGCUCCCUGGGAAGUGGAGGGGCUGGCGUCUGCCCCCGACGAUGAGCCGACUCCCGUGAACCGAUCAUCCUUCCGAAACUCCCCCAAACACAGCCUUGUAUCUGAGCCCACAGCUCCAGCUCCGGGAGACCCUCUUCCCCCAGUCAGCGCCCCACAUGCUCACAGGGGUUACGAACCGGGGCCAGCCAUGGCCAAGUACGUCAAGAUCCUCUAUGACUUCACAGCCCGCAACGCCAACGAGCUGUCGGUGCUCAAGGAUGAGGUCCUGGAGGUGCUGGAGGACGGCCACCAGUGGUGGAAGGUUCGGAAUCGCAGCGGCCAGGCGGGCUACGUGCCCUGCAACAUUCUGGCUGAGACUCGGCUGGAGGAGGCACCCCCGCAGCAGGCCAGUCUGAAAUAUUGGGGUCCUGCCAGCCCCACACACAAGCUGCCCCCAAGCUUCGCAGGGAACAAAGACGAGCUGAUCCACCACAUGGACGAGGUCAACGACGAGCUCAUCAAGAAGAUCAGCCACAUCAAGGCGCAGCCGCAGCGGCAGUUCCGCGUGGAGCGCAGCCAGCCGGCGGCCGUGCCGCUCACCUACGAGUCGGGGCCGGCCGAGGUCCGCGCCUGGCUGGAGGCCAAGGCCUUCAGCGCCCGGAUCGUGGAGAACCUGGGCAUCUUGACGGGGCCGCAGCUCUUCUCACUCAACAAGGACGAGCUGAAGAAGGUGUGCGGGGAGGAGGGCAUCCGCGUGUACAGCCAGCUCACCGUGCAGAAGGCCGUCCUGGAGAAGCAGCCGGGCGGGUCGGAGCUGGAGGAGCUCAUCAGCAAGUUUCAUUCCAAGACCCAGCGGAGGCUGGAGGACGACAGCUAGGCCUGGCCGGCAGGGCCCGGCGCCCUGCGGCUGGGGGAGACGGAGACGCGCCUGCGGAGAGGCCCGCCCCAGUGCAUGGAGUAUUAUUUUUGUAUGUGUGUAUACUUUGGACCACGGACACGGGUGGUGAGUGGUGCCAGCUGGGCACCGCUCACCUACUUCAUGGCACAGGCCUGUCCUCAGGCUCGACAAGGCCUCAGCCUACACCUGUCUGCCUGCCCGGAGGCCUGCCUCCACCAAAUAGCCACCUGGAGAUGCCAGCCCCUCAUGCCCCUGCCCCGAAGCCAGCGCCCUGGCUUUUCCAGCCCUGCCCAGCCCCCUUCCUCCCAUGACGCCUCUCCCUGAGGCUGCAAAGCCCCCAGGAGGCAGGCAGGGACCUGAACUUUGGCCCCCCAUCCCCUUGGGGGUUCCUCCUGGCACUCGUGACCCUGGCCCCAAACCUCACCUCCACGGCUGCUAGUUUUCCAUGCACCUGGCCCUCCACACCUCUGGGUGGGCUGUGGGCCAGAAGGGCAGCUGACCUGACCACUGGCUCUGAGCUGGGCUUCGCCCCCAGAUAUCGCCCAUAGCUCCACCCAGCACGCUGCUUCUCAAGGGUGGCCUGGGGAGGUGCUCCGAGCUCCCCUGGGGUGGGUGCGUGCUAUACUCCCUCCGCCCUGUCCAGGAUGGGGGGGGCGAGAAGGGGUGUCCAGAUAGCCUGGACACGUACUCACUCAAGUACGACCUUAGACAGCCCCACACACACCCAAGGCAGAACUCAAGGAGGGAACUUGGUCCAACCAAGUUUAAGGCCAGGCUUGCCCUGUGUGCUGUGUGGGUGGUGGGUGAGUCUUGGAGCCCUGAACUCUGCCGGUUACACCUAGAGAUGAGAGGUGGCUACAGUUCAAAAGCCAUGUCAUUAAACCAGGGAAGCGUCCCGACA